AUGAUUUUCGUUGGGUUACACAACUUACAAAGAUCAGCUUCCUUCUUCCUCCUCGCCGUCGAUCAGCUUCCAUCGCCACCGUGUCGCCGUCGAUCAGCUUCCUUCUUCCUCCUCGCCGUCGAUCAGCUUGCAUCUUCGACGGGUCGCCGUUCAUCAAUCUCUUAUCUACUCGCCUCAGCUUCGACAGUUGCUCUUUCGCUGAUUGUUAUCUGGGUGGCUUCUUUAUGCAAGAUUUUCUUCGGAGCAACAUUUAGUUCCAAAGCUGCAAUUCUUGGUGAAACUCCUCAGAAGAAAAAUGUGAUGUUCGUUAUCGCACAUCCUGAUGAUGAGUCAAUGUUCUUUUCUCCAACAAUAAACUACUUAAGUUCCAAUGCCUACAACCUUCACAUAUUAUGCUUGUCCACUGGUAACGCCGAUGCUAUGGGAAGCAUUAGGAAAGACGAGCUGUAUCGGGCAUGUGCAGUGCUCAAGGUUCCACUUCAACAGUUAAAGAUUCUGGACCAUCCAAAUUUGCAGGAUGGUUUUGGACAAGUAUGGAGCCACGAUUUGUUAGCGAAUAUCAUCGAAGAAGAAGUCACUACACACGAUAUCCACACGAUCAUAACAUUUGAUAAUUAUGGUGUUUCGGGUCAUUGCAAUCACCGUGACGUGCACCAUGGAGUAUUAAAUUUCCUGCAGACUAAUUCAGGAAGAAAUAUCAAAGCUUGGGAACUUGUAAGCCUUAAUAUCUUUCGCAAGUACUGUGGAUCUGUCGACAUUUGGCUGUCAAUUCUAUCCACCAAUAAAGAUCUAAGCAAAGUAAUCAUCAUAAACGAGCAGCCUCGGAAAAGCUUCAUAGCAAUGGCACAACAUUUAAGCCAAUGGGUUUGGUAUGUCUCCUUCCCCAAAUAUGACCUUAUGUUCUUAUCUCUGACCAUGAUGAAUGUGAAGCAUGAUAAGAACUGA